UAUCUGUGGUUGUCGGCCCACAAAAUCCAGCAAAUUCACCUACUACUGGUCAGUUUGUGUAUUUUUGACGAUGAUUGUGUAUACAAUGAUAGGCUUGCAUAUGAGUUAUAUUCUUAGACAUAACUUGAAAGUUAUGACAAAAUUCGUUGGCGUAUCAAUAUCUGGAUUUUCCGCCAUUCUCAAGGUGGUAACCUUUAUGAUAAAUCGUGAUUCUCUGAUAAAUUAUCAUCGGACACUAAAUAAUCUUUUUGAGGAGGAGCUGAAGAAUGAAAAAAUCCAGACGAUAAUAUUUUCAUCUCUGCCUACAAUAUAUACCCUGACAUAUACAUAUUUCGCUGCUAUGGUAGGAAUAAUAAUCGCAUAUAUUGCAUCUCCGUAUAUCUUUGUAAUCCACAAUCUUUUCUACUUUCAUUUAUCCACAAGUUAUACCCUGCCGCUCAGCAGGGGACUGGGGUGGUUCUGGCCCAUUCCCGACAAUUUUUUAUAUCAUCUACAUCUAUUCUGUGAGACAGGCAUAGUAGUACUCAGCGGCAUGACGGCGUGCGGUGUCGACAGUGCUUUUGGCUUUUAUGUUUAUCAGCUUAGUUCAACAAUACGCGCUAUGACCUUCGCUCUCACGAAUCCUUCAUCCACCGAGAAGUUCUCGAAUCUCCUGAGAACAUGCGUGGUGAAACAUCAGAAGCUAUUGCAAUGUCGCAAUACAUUGGAACACGUAUAUGGACCCAUCGUCUUUUGGCAUAUUGUCACCAAUGCCGUGCUUCUUUGCACGAUGAUGUACGAUCUAAUAUCAUUACAGGAAUAUAAUUUUCACAACUUGUCCUCAUCUAUAACAUAUGUUAUAAUAAAACUGCUUCAAACAUUUAUAUACGCAUGGUAUGGCACUUUUCUCACAAAUGCAGGCGAAGAUUUUCGUAAAGGAAUAUACUUUAGCAAGUGGUCCAAUUCUAGUCUCGAUCGUCAUGUGAGAACAAAUGUUAUUUUAAUAAUGAUGCAAAAGCCAAUGACUGUAUACGCAUUUUUUUCUCCCGUCAAUGUAAUGAUGUUUACCAAGUCCGUGAACGCUACAAUGUCUUAUUUUUUCCUGUUGCAAUCUAUCGAAUAAAGACGGAUAGAGAUGGACGCUACGUAUAUUUUGUAA